AUGAAUGAAGAAAACCAGCAUGGUAAGUUUGAUCUCUCUGCCUAUUUUCUAAAUGGUUUCAGACAGCAAUAUAUUCCAGAGGUGAGUAAUUAUAUUGGUCCAGUCAUUAUUAAGAAAUCCCCUGUCCAUGGCCGAGGUUUGUUUGCUACCAAGGAUGUUGAGGUCGGAGAUACUCUGCUUGUGGAGAAUGCGAUUGCAGUGAGUGGCAUCUAUCGCAGGUCCAUGGCCUUUCGUAUGGAAGAGAACCCUCCGAGCAUGCUUGAGGGUCUUCACCAAGACACAGUAGAGCGAGCAGCCGCUUGUGCAAUGUCAUGUCCGAGGAUUUUGCGGCAAUUGCAGCACCUUACUGAUUCAUCUUGGCUAGAGGAUUCAGAGGUUCCGGACAUGGAGUUGUUCAAGGUAAAUAAUGGUAGUUGGAGUAAAUUUGGGGAUAACCCAGUGAAUUUCCAGAUUAAUACGUUUGAUCUCAGGAAAGCUAUGGAGUUGAACGGUCUAGUCACAUAUAUUAGCACGUAUGAAGAAAACCCAGUGAAGAAGGAUGAAGAUGAUGCCAACAGCAGCAUUGGGUUCGGGAAUGAGAAUAGCGUAAUAGAGCAAUGUGGGCUUUGGGGGCUUCCAUCUUUCAUCAACCAUUCAUGUUUUCCAAAUGCUAAAUAUAUUGUGGUUGGAAAAGCAAUGUUCAUUAUAGCCGUGAGACGAAUUGCUGCAGAGGAGGAAAUAACUGUGCCUUGCUUCUGA